GCUAACAUGCCAGUGUGCAAACGGUGUAGAGCAGCAGGGUGGUGUUAUUUCGGUGUCUUCAUCACUAAUGGAAGUGUGGAAAAUGUCAAAGUUUGAGGGAGUUAUACCCGAAGAGGAGCAGCAGAGAGAAGACUGCCCACAGUGUUUGGUGAGUAAAGAAGAGCAGCAGAAGAGGAGCCACAAUCUGGACAAGGAGGACAGUGGGCACCCACACAUUAAAGAGGAACAGGAGGAACUGUGGAGCAGUCAGGAGGGAGAGCAGCUUCAAGGACUGGAGGAGGAUGACAACACCAAGUUCCCAUUCACUGCUGUCAUUGUAAAGAGUGAAGAUGAUGAAGAAACACCUCAGUCCUCACAGCUUUAUGAGAGAUGGGGUGAACAGAUGGAAACAGGAGCUGAUGGAGAGGACUGUGGAGGAGCAGAACCAGCCAGGAGCUCAGACCCAGAGACACAUUUACAACCAGAGACUGUGGUCAAGACUGAAGACUCUUCAGAAGCUGAGACUGAAGACAGUGAAGAUUGGAGGGAGACCAGAGAACAUCAGUCAGAUUCAAACUCUUUAGAAAACAUAAACAAUGAACAACAGAAGACUAGUCCAAAAUCACACAGCUGCUCUGAGUGUGGUAAAACAUUCAAAACAAAACAUAAUCUGAACACACACAUGAGAAUUCACACGGGAGACAAACCCUUCAGCUGCUCUGUUUGUAGUAAAAGUUUUAAUCUUAAAGGAAACAUGACCAAACACAUGUGA